UACAAAUCAGAAUGUGUACAAACCAGUAGCUUACUGAGCAGUUGUGCAACAACAAAACGCACAUUACAUUCACCGUCUGCUUCAGUCCAAGGUUCUCAAGCUAAUGUUAAGGAAAAUAUGGAUGGGACAACACGCGAAAGGCUGAGCCAAAUUCAGGGUGUCCCAUUACUAGAGCCGGUGGUGAAGUACUGGGCAAGAGUGGAGAAAUUCCAGGCGUCAAAUGAGGAUUUACUCAUUACCACGUAUCCUAAAGCAGGAACUACGUGGACACAGGAAGUAGUGGAUAGCAUCCUGAAUGAAGGAGAUGUUGAAAAGUGCAAGCGGGCGCCCACUCAGGUGCGCAUGCCAUUCUUAGAGAUGACUGCUCCUGAUGGUUCAAGUUCUGGUAUAACUAAACUGGAGGUUAUGGAUCCCCCUCGUGUUAUUAAAACUCAUCUUCCCAUCCAGCUUGUGCCUCGUUCUUUCUGGGAUGCUGGUUGCAAGGUUAUUUAUAUGGCCCGUAAUCCGAAAGACACUGUGGUUUCAUAUUAUCACUUUGACCGCAUGCAUCUUUACCAGCCAGAGCCUGGCCCUUGGCCACAAUAUCUGGAGAAGUUCAUGAAAGGGCAAUUGGGUUGGGGAUCCUGGUAUGACCAUGUUAAAGGAUACUGGAGGGAAAGACAUAACAAGAAAAUCCUUUACAUAUUAUAUGAAGACAUGAAAGAGGACCCUGUUCGCGAAAUAACCCGCAUUGCUCAAUUCCUCGAACGGCAGUUGUCAAAAAGUACAAUAGAGCAUAUUGUGCAAAUGACAGCGUUUUCAGUUAUGCGAGAAAACCCCAUGGCAAACUACUCAACUAUCCCAGAUACAAUCUUUGAUCGUGCAGCCUCAGAGUUCAUGAGAAAAGGUGAGGUUGGUGACUGGAAGAAUCACUUUAGUGCAGAAGAGGAUGCUGCAUUUGAGGAACACUAUCGUAAAAUAAUGUCUGAUUGUCCUAUUCCAAUACGGUUCACAAUAUGAAAGAUUGAAAUGGAGUGUGUCUGUUUC